AUGGCUGUUCGAUUGAAUGGACUUUAUUUCUGGGAGAACAGGACCCAAAUGUCCACCUUCUCCAGAGAGUCCUCCUCCCGCAGCUCCCUGAAACCAGAAGGCAUGAGGCAGCUCCAAGCCCUGGCCCUCUUCUUUCUUCUCCUUCAGUUGGGAACGAAGGAGGCAGAGUCAACUAGAGCUUGUGGCCAGCCCCGAAUGCUGAACCGAAUGGUAGGAGGUCAGAAUGCCCAGGAAGGGGAAUGGCCGUGGCAGGUCAGUAUCCAGAGGAAUGGGACUCACUUCUGUGGAGGAAGCCUCAUAACGGAUCAGUGGGUCAUGACGGCAGCACAUUGCUUCUCUAAUACCUCGGAAACUUCCCUGUACAAGGUCCUCCUAGGGGCCCGGCAGCUGGUGAACCCUGGACCUCAUGCCAUGUAUGCUCGAGUAAAGAGGGUGGAAAGCAAUCCCCAGUAUCAGGGCAUGGCCUCUAGUGCUGACGUGGCCCUGGUCCAGCUAGAGGCUCCGGUGACCUUCACCGACCACAUUCUGCCUGUGUGCAUUCCCAACCCUGAGGUCAAGUUUGAGACAGGGAUGAACUGUUGGGUCACAGGCUGGGGCAGUCCCAGUGAGCAAGAUAACCUGCCCAGCCCUCGAAUUCUGCAGAAGUUAGCUGUGCCCAUCAUUGAUACACAGAAGUGCAACAUGCUCUAUAGAAAGGACCCAGAGCAUGGAGUGCUACCGAAAACCAUCCAAGAUGACAUGCUGUGCGCUGGUUAUGCAGAGGGGAAGAAAGAUGCCUGCAAGGGUGACUCUGGGGGACCCCUGGUCUGCUACAUUGGUCAUUCUUGGCUCCAGGCCGGAGUGAUCAGCUGGGGAGAAGGCUGUGCCCGCCGCAACCGCCCAGGAGUCUACAUCAGAGUCACUUCCCACCAUGCCUGGAUUCACAGGAUCAUCCCAGAACUGCAGUUCAAAUCUGGCUCCGACAGGAAGAGGGGGCCCCGGGGCCAAGAGAACUACAUGCUAAGCUUUGCUCCUUGCCUGGCCAUCCACACCCUGCUACUGGGCCUCACUGUUCUGUUAACCUUCUUUUGA